CUAUUGCACCACAUAGAUUAUUCACUACAGGUCUUGUGUCACUAAGAAUAAUAAUGAGGAAGGAAGUGACUUUUAGGUGUCAUAGCUGUAUGCAGUUUGUCUGUCAGCCGCCCUCACACUGACCAACAGUCCACUCUGUCUCUGUAAGAAGACUGCUGUUGAUUUAGACCUUUCAUUUAAAUUAUUUAUGUUUUAUGAGUUUUCAUUAACACAGCAGUUGUAAUAAGGGCAUUAAAUUAUAAAAUCAACUUUCUGAUUGGAAGUUGAAGACUACGACAGCCAUGUUGUUGGCAGAAGCUGGAUGUGUGUUUAUGGGUUUUAUCCUGUACAUCUCAGGGGUUCAGGGACGAACAAACAGUAUAUGUGCCUUAAAAGGUUCAUCAGUGGAUCUGCUCUGCUCAGCUGAACAUCCCACUUCAAGCAUGAAAUGGUACACUGCACACUGGAGUGGAUCUACACUUGUUCAGAAUGAACUCUCUGUAGAUGGAAACCGUGUAAUGUACAAGCCUGAAGAAAAUCAUCCAACUCUAACAAUCAAUGAUCUGAGAGAGAGUGAUGCAAACUUUUACUGCUGCAGAGAGAAUACUGACCAACCACAACUCUGCUGGGACAAUAGAAAUCAGCUCUAUGUUUCAGACCUGCAGGUAAAGGUGAUUCCUGCCACAGAGGGACAGACAGUAACACUGAUGUGUAGCACCAGCUGUCCUCUGACUGAAACCCCUGCAGCCUACAUCUGGUACAAGAACGGAGAGUUUCUCUAUCAGGACUGGUCUUCCUGGUACCAACAGCUGGUCAGCAGUGAGGAAGCAGUCAGAUACUCCUGUGCUAUCAAAGGCUACGAGGAUCUCAGAGCCCCUGAAGUCUCAGUGGAUUCUGUCACAUCAACUUGCUUUACUGUGACCUAUGCUAAAGGGAGAAUGUGUUCUUAUAAGCAGACAUCAGAGGAUGAGCCCUGCUCCAUCACAUAUCCCAGAGAAGUACAUGUUAACAGGAGUCCUGCAGCCAAUCAGGACCAUAUCAGUCUGACCUGUAACACCAGCUGUCCUCUGACUGCCACUGUGUGGUAUAAGAACGGACACAGAGAGCACGAGAGACCACUGUAUGUAGUUCCCAACACUUCUAUUGACACAAUCUUCUGUGCUGUAAAAGGUUUCGAGGAUCUGCACUCUGAUGAAGUCUGUGUUGAUGAUAGAAACUGUUGGACUGUGAAUUACGUCAGCAGGAGAAUCUGUGCUCUACAAGGCUCUUCAGUGGACAUUACAAGUGAAUAUUCUUAUCCCAACUACCAGCUGCCACAGUCUAAAUCUUGGUUUAAAAUAACAAGAAGUGGGAAGGAAGAAGUUAAAGAGCUGAUUGAGGCUGCAGGUCAUGUGGAGUAUUAUGACUACAUGAAGAACCAACACAUCCUGAGAAUCAAUAACCUGAAGAAGAAUGACUCAGCAGAAUACACAUUCAGACUCCAACAACAAAAUGGAGAAUGGAAACAGUCGGAUUCUCCUGGAGUGACUUUGGUAGUCACAGGCCUGAGAAUGAAGUUUACUCCUUCUGCAGUGGUGACAGAGGGUCAGAGAGUCACACUGACCUGCAGUACCAGCUGUCCUCUGACUGACAACACAAACUACAUCUGGUACCUGAACAGUCGACCUCUGACCCUGCCAGAGAACCAGAACAAGCACCUGGUUCUAGACCCAGUCAGCAGUCAGCAUGCAGGAAGAUACUCCUGUGCUGUCAAAACCCACAACAACAUCAGCUCUCGUGAAAAGACUCUCACUGUCCACAGUAAAACAGGAAAAUGGACACCAGCAGCAGCUGCAGGAGUCGGAGCUGUUCUCCUGGUUAUAAUACCUCUCACUGUCUUCUGGUGGAUUAGACGAAAGAGGACAUCCAGCCAGCCUCCAAGAACUGAAACAUCACAUCACAACAUGGAGCAGAUAAACCCUGAUCUCAUGUAUGAAAACAUCUCAGCUCAACCAACAGAGCAGGAUGACCAUCACUAUAGCAGACUUCACUUCUCUAAGGACCACACAGAGGAUCUCUACUCCACCAUCCAGACAGGGCCUUCUAACUGAACAAAUUCAUGGUUUUUUUUUGCAAGGGGCCCUCCUGUGUUAGUGGCUUAAAUGACUUCAGUAUCAUAGCAGGGACAGACAAGUGUAAAGCAAAGUGUGAACAUAACGGCAAGCACAUACGUCUCUGUUGAGCGCAAUGGGAAACUGUUCUGCCUGAUAUGCAGAGUUCACAGUCGCACUUAAAGGCUUCUUAUCUCCAGCUUUCU